AUGGCUUUUGAAUUUGCUGAAGUCACUUCAGAUGGUGAUUUUAGCGAACUAAUUCCUCUUUUAUGGCGCGCCUACUCUACAGAGCCUCGCGUCACACCACUUCCCCUCACAUUCCCUGCCGACGAUGACGGCGCCGCAGCGCGUGAAAAACAGGUGGCUCAAUGCCAGGCAGCCAUGAUGCACAUGCACCGCUCAGAUCCGACCAGUCACUGGCUCAAAGUGACUAAUGUAGCCACUGGCAAAAUUAUCGCUGGUUGCCGUUGGCACAUCCAUGAGGAAAAUCCGUAUUCGAAUGCUCCUGACAAGCCGUUCUGUAUCCCCUUUUGGCCUGAAGGAGAUCGCAAAAAAUACGCAGAGAAAAUCGUAGGCGCCAUUGUCCAGCCUCGAAAAACCCGUUAUCAAAAACCACACCUGAGUCUCCAGGUUAUCUUCACUGAUCCCGACUAUCGUAAUCUUGGUGCCGGUAGGAUGAUGAUGGAAUGGGGUACAAAGAAAGCAGAUGAAAUGGGUCUGGAAUCUUUUGUGGAGGCAUCCCACCUUGGGUCGCUGUUGAACCAGAAGUUUGGGUUUAUUACCGUGACUAAAGAACUGGUCGAUACACAUGUUCCAGACGCGAGUGAUGAAUGGAAAGAUAUGGAGACGCGAUUUCCACCUCCUCCCGUUUACUGCAUGUGGCGGCCCGUUGGAGGUCAAUAUGAAGAAAAUAUGUCUUUGCCUUGGUAA